ACUAACCGUUGGUAUUUUUCCAAUUCCUCCAUUCUCCUCCAGUCUCCUAUGAAUGAAUGAAGCAAAAGAUCUUCCACUUUUAAUUUAAUUUGAUUGAAAUCCUAAGCCUAACUCCAAUUCAAAUGCUGCAUUUCAUCAAGAUUAUUAUAUAAAUCCCCCACGUAAUUUCAAAUUCACGAGAAAUUGGCAUUGGCAUCUUGUUCAUUUCCAUAUAUCCUGACUGAGAUCUUGCUUUAUUUGUAUUUUUUUUUCAAUACAAAUUUUAAUUAACACUAAUUCUCAAUCAUAUGCUAAAAUUUGGAGAUUUGGAAGAGAGGCUGAUACAAAUAUUGGGUUAAGGGGAAAUUUUUCGGGUUAUAAUGUCGAAUUUGUAUGGAGAUUAUAAUCAAAAGAUUGAUUAUGUUUUCAAGAUUGUUUUAAUUGGAGAUUCUGCAGUUGGAAAAUCUCAAUUACUGGCUAGAUUUGCAAGAAAUGAAUUUAACUUAGAUUCAAAGGCUACAAUUGGGGUUGAAUUUCAAACAAAAACUCUUCAAGUAGAUAACAAAACCGUAAAGGCACAGAUUUGGGACACUGCAGGACAAGAAAGGUACAGAGCAGUAACAAGUGCAUAUUAUCGAGGUGCAGUUGGCGCGAUGCUAGUCUACGACUUAACAAAGCGCCAAUCAUUUGAUCAUAUGGCGAGAUGGCUGGAGGAACUAAGAGGUCAUGCAGACAAAAACAUAGUUAUAAUGCUCAUCGCGAACAAAUGUGAUUUAGGAACUCUUCGAGCUGUACCAGUCGAAGAUGCUCAAGAAUUUGCAGAAAGGGAGAAUCUUUUCUUUACGGAAACAUCAGCUCUUCAAUCCACAAAUGUUGAGAGUGCAUUUAUGACAAUUUUGACAGAAAUUUAUAAAAUCAUUGGCAAGAAUACGCUCACUGCAAAUCCAGGAGCGGAUUAUGGAAAGUCACAAUCUCUAAAGGGAACCAGGAUCAUUGUUCCUGGCCAGGAUUCGGAUUCUGGUGGGAAUAGUGGUGGAUGCUGCAUGUCGUCGUGACUUUCUAUUGAAUUCUGGAGGACUUUUUAUUUAUCCAAAAUCCUGGUAUAUCAUGGGAAAUGAUUUAUAUUUUAUGUAGAAUUGAGGAUGAAGUUGAUUAGAUAGUUUGUUUAGCUUAGUAUGUAUACAGUUCAUUAAGUUGCUGAGUGGGCAUCAGGGGCGGAGCUACAAGCCUGUCUAUGGGUUCUGCCCUCUAUGUGUGUUUAAAAAUUCACUUAAUAUGCAUAAAUAU